CAUUACUGCUUGCGACCGCAUGGCGUUAAGGACACAGUGAACUAUUGCGUCAACCUUACGAGUGAACCGGCGUGUUUAGAUUUCACCAGUACCAGUCACCACCAGUUGGCGUGAUAGUUGUGUGUUGUAUCGAUCCCGUUGCUGUUAUUAUUCUCUGAAGCUAAACUAAUAUUCAGUGUAUGGUCAAAUUAUUAUGAUAAAAUAACAGUUAUAUUCAAGUAUUUUAUUAUUAGCAGUUCAUAAGUACGGUAUUUUUCCACGGAUCGCCAUGGAUGUGUGUUUUAGUGCUUUCGACAAGGACGGAGAUGGAUUUUUAAACCUAGAAGAGUUUGAUGAUAUUUGCAAGGGACUUUUCCGUAAUGACCAUGGAAUAGUAUACAGUCUUGACAACGACAAACUUGAGCACUUAUUCAAAAUAUUUGACACAAAAAAAGAUGGUUUGAUAGACAGGCAAGAAUUUUCUACGUGUUGGAAUAAAUGGAUUAAAACAAUUAUCAAACCUAAAAAUGUUUUUCUUAUUAUUGAUGUACAAAACGAUUUUAUAUCUGGAACUUUAAACAUAAGCAACUGUUCAGCUCGACAAAAUGGUUUAGACGUUAUUAAACCAAUAAAUCAAUUGCUAGAUACAGUAAAUUUUGAUUCUGUAGUUUAUUCUUAUGAUUGGCACCCUAUAGAUCACAUAUCUUUUAUUGAAAAUUUGCCAUUGAGAAAAAUUGAUUCUUCUUCUCCAAUUACAGCUGAAAAUGCAAAAUUAUUUGAUACUGUUGUUUUUGAAUGUUGCCCAAAAAUUAAACAGCGAUUAUGGCCAAAACAUUGUAUAAAAGAUUCAUGGGGAGCACAACUUUAUAAAGAUCUAAAAGUUGUGGAUAAUGCUAUGAAAAUUUACAAAGGUACCGUGUCUGAUGUAGAUUCCUAUUCUGUAUUUUGGGAUAAUAAAAAAUUGAGUGAAACAUCAUUGAGUAAUCAACUUGACAAACUGAACAUAACUGAUGUUUAUAUAUGUGGUCUUGCCUAUGACAUUUGUGUUGGUGCUUCUGCUGAGGAUGCUUUAUCAAUUGGCUACCGAACAAUAUUGAUUGAUGAUUGUUGUAAAGGUGUUGAUGUUGAUGAUAUUACAAAAACUAAACAAAGUAUUAUAAAAAAACAUGGUGUUGUUGUUCAAUCAAAUGAGGUUAAGGCAAUGGUUGAUGGGCGAGAUAGGCGUCCUGAAUUAGGCUACAAAUUAGCAAUUGAACUUGAAAAAUCAUUGAAUAAUAUUCAUUAAUAUAUUACCAGAUAUAUGAUUAAUAAAAAAUAAUAGUUGACA